CGUGUUCAUCAAGGAACGUAGCAUGUCCCUUGCGUUCAGCGUGCAUCCGGUUCAUCAUCAGCAGCACUCCGUCGCACGAGUCGAUUUUCAGUACCCAACGACCACCCACUCUAUGGAUAGAGGCUCAUCCGAAUACGCACAAUCUGGUUUGCCAUCAUCAACUUCUUAUUCUCAAUUUUCCAACAAUCAAACCGAAUCACAAGCCAACGAGCAGUCUACGAAUUAUCAAUCAUCAUCUCAGGAUCGUUCCAUCGCCUAUUCUUCCUCGGCCACUCCAUCCUCCGAAUACGGUGGCACAAAUAAUUCAACUGCUCGAGCUCCAAACUUUCAACCAGAAUAUAACUUAGGCGCCUCUCGUUACGAAGGCGCUCCACGUUAUCCCUCUAGCAGUGCCGGUACAGGUAGCAGUGGAGAUCCCAGUACGAGUGUCUCGAGCCCAGCCUACCCUUCUUCCCAACCAGCUCAAUACCAUUCGUAUCCACCGACAGGUACGAUGUCGGAAUCAUACACUCAUCCACACCCCGCGACCUCUGCUUCCGGUUGGCGUCCGGAUUGGCCGCCUCAAGGGUAUUCGCAACCUCACAUGGCGUAUAGCACGCAUCCUGGAGGGCCCGGGGGUGUCCCUAGUCCGGCUGGACCAGUGCGUAACAACAAUAGAAAUCCAAACCGAAAACGCAUCUCCGAUCAACAGCCCCAACAUCCACUAUCGCAGGUUUACUCCUUUGUACCUAUCCCGGGCGCCCAACAACAUAAACGGCCGCGCAGACGUUAUGAGGAAAUCGAGCGAAUGUACAAGUGUGGGUGGCAUGGUUGCGAGAAGGCUUACGGGACACUUAACCAUUUGAAUGCGCAUGUGACAAUGCAGAGUCAUGGAAUCAAACGUACCCCAGAAGAGUUUAAGGAGAUUCGGAAGGAAUGGAAGGCCCGCAAAAAGCAGGAAGAGGCGGAGAGAAAGGCAGUCGAGGAGGAAACGCGUAGGUCAAGUGCCGAGGGUGGCCAGCCUAGUGAAGUUCAGAACCAGACGCCAGCAGCUGUACCCGUGUCGAGUGCGCAAUACACGUCUAUCCCUCCUCGCCAACUUCCGCCUCCCCUUCCAUACGCAAGUGCUCCCGUUUCCGCCAACGUCCAUUACCCUGCGGCUCCUACUGCCGCCAUGGAAUCAAUGCCACAAUACUCCCAGCAACAGCAGGUAUACCCAGGAUAUGCUCAGUCGGGAUACCCCCAGUCUAUGUAUGCUGCCCAACGCCAGGCGCCAAUCCAGACUGCAAAUAACGGGGAGGGAGAUGCGGACACGGAUGCCGAUGCAGAUGUCGCAGCAACGGCUCAGUCGUACAGCCAGCACAGCCUUAAUGCCAGUUGAGCGACUUCCUCUAUACAUAUUGCUUGGAAGGCCGAAUGACGCAUGUGUCAUGACAUUUUCCUUUUUCUUUCAUAUCUUGGAACGGGGGGGGUUCUUCUUUCGCCCUCACCGCGUCCACUUUCUACUGUUUAUUAUUUCUCGGGGACCCUCCAUCCUCGCCAUUCUUCGUACAAAUAGCAUUAUUGAGGGGAUAUCUGAUUUUGUUCGUUUUUGUUCCUAUUUUCUGGGAAGCAUGGCUCCUCGCCGGUGACCCAGCGGGUUGUGUUUUCACGACUUUUUUGUUUCACUGUUCAUUUUUAUCCGGCUACCAUUUCCCCCUCUUUUUUUCUUCCUUCGUACAAAAACAUGUUCUAUGGGGGUUGCCAAACAUAGAUCUCGCCUUUGGGCCUUAUGGGGGUUUUCCGUUUUUACUUUUUAGAUUCGGUUGGGUUGCAUUUCUUCGGGCGGGAAGAGAGAGAGAGAGUAAGGGGAAGAGGGGAAAGUAAAAAGGGCUCUGUUAUUACCCAAGGGCUUGCUCUUUUGUUUCCUUGCUUCUCCCGUAUUUAGUUUUUGUCCACUUUUUUUAGUAUUUCUUUCUUUUUUUCUUCUUCGCCACAAUGUUCCCCCCCCCCGAUUCUCCAGCUGUUUUUCUUUUUUCCUUUACUUUUUUUAACCUCUUCUGGGUUUGCUCGUGUGCUCCAUUCCUUGUCCUUAAUUUGUUAACACUUGUCAGAUUUGUAUAGUAAUUGAGUAAAUAAAAAAAACAACCCCCUCCUAUGAUAGGGAACUCGUAAACAAAA